UGUUUUAUUAAAAAAAAUACAAAAAAGUACUUUUUAGUUUUCAGAAUAUGAGUAUCCAGAAUACAUUUGCUGUGUUAAUGCAUGGAAGUUAAGUCAUUCGAGAUAUUUUUUUUAAACUUCAAUAAUAUUUUGAUUUAACUGGGAUCUAAACAGUGCUAAAUGCUAAAAUCAAGGGUAGUUUUAAACCAUGUUAUUUAAAUUAGAUUUUAAUGCAGUGUAUGUGACCAAUUGAAGAAGGGGGGAAUGACAUAUUGUACCUCACAUAAUGAACAUGUACUGGACACUGAAAACAGUUUCUGUGUGCAUCCACAUAGCGCUAAUGGUAAAGGUAUGUGUCUUGUAUUGUGUUCAUAUAUGUGCUUCAUUCACAAUUCAUGGUGCUUUUGCACAUUACCUGGAGUUUAUUCUAUAAAGGACGUUCAGAAGCCAACACAGACAGUGCUGUAAAAGCCCUGACCUCAGUUAUCCUUCACAUCAAAGAACAAACACUAAAGUCUGACUUUAACAUUUAAGAUAACUGCCCAUUUAAACCUCAGACAAAUCACUGAUGAUGAGAACUCAUUAAUAGAUGACAAACUCUUAAAGGAACGACUGCAUUAAUAGUGAAAUACAGACAUUUAAGCUUAUUACUUGAAAUAGUUGUUAGUGGUGACAAAGUGAUUGCAGCCCUGGUCCAAAGUGAUCUUUGCUAGUUGUAUAGUAAUAGUAACUGCAUGUCUAGCUAUAUUAAAUGUUCUUAAAUACGCACUAUUAUUAUACAUUUGCAGGUUUUAAUUAGGUAAAGGAAGAUUGUCAAACUAAUAACUCAACUGAACAUUGGAUAAAAGAUGAAGGGCUGUCAUUGCAGGGUUUUCAAAAUAAAAUGCUGUAUUCAAGUUGGCUGAAAUCUGAACCGACUAAACUGGGACCUGGAACUAUGGGUAGAGACAAAAAUAACCUGCCUUAGAGAAAGUUGGCUUCAGGCUAAAUUGACAUGAUUUGUGGAACAGUGGCUGCAGGGAUGGAAAGUUCAGGACAGAUCUGGUUAGCUUAUGGAGUUGAUAAUGCAUGUGCCCAAAAUGCUGGCGGUGUGCGGUCAGUCACAAAAACAGGAUUAUUGGCCGUGAUGCUGUUGCACAUUCGUUCAUAUGAAGGUCACAGAUCCAUUCCAGCAAGGCCAAGAUGCCCCAAAUAUUCUCAUCCAAACCAAAAUGUAUUUCCGCUUUUCUUUCUUAAUGGUCAAUGUCGCAAUGUCCCAAGCCCCUGACUCCCCCUACCACUGUCCAGCUGUUAGCAGAGCUUUGAGUUUCCCAAGCCCCCCAGUGCCCUGGCUCGGUACACCCUCCCACCCAGCGUUGCACUCCCCCAGGCCUGACUGCCUGCCUGCCUGCUCCUUUUGGCAGUCCUACAGCCAGGGGAGGAUCAGGACGACCGGGCGGCCGAGAUAAGGAGCAUAUGAAGUUCCCCACAUUACCUCACCCGAUAAGGAAACAAGCAGAGAGAGAGACGGGGAAAGAGAGGGUCAGACUGGGAGGAAUUCUGUAGAUGGACGAUGAUGCGCAGAGAAGCAGCAAGUGACUAUGGCGAUUUCAGCAGUUGUUUCAGGGGCCUGAGUGGAACUGGGGUGCCACAGAGGUCUGGUGAACUUUGAACAGGAGCUUAGAAGAGCUUGAAUGGAACGGUCCUCAGUAGGUGCAUGAAAAAGAUCAAAGAAUCGAAUUAUUUUCUUCAGAGCAGAUGAGUAACCUCAGCUGUUUUUAGCCAGUAUCUUAUUUUUUUUAUCUUGAUUCGACUUAAAAGAUGCUUUGAGAGCAGAUGGAAAGAUGACCUCUAACUGUUUGUUUUGUGGAGUAUUUACCAAAUUACUUAAGUAAUGAUAAGCCUGACAACAUACUUUUAAACAAGGGAAAGCAAACUUUAAUCCAUCCAAUAAAAAUAGACUGAACAAAAGUGAUUGAAGUUCUUUAGGAAAGUCUGCUGCACCACUUAGGCAGCAUCUAUGGCCGUUAAUCCUCUGGAAGGUCUCAGGACGGUCGCAGUGAAUCACCAGCUCGUCUUGAGCUCCACGGCGGAGCUGCGGAGCCAGCAGCCCUGUGCAGCCGGCAGCCCAGCAUCUCUGCACAGACACAGGCAGAGCACCCACAGCAGCCGGGAGCCUAGGAAGUGGUCUACGUGUGGGUCCAGGCUUCACUCUGGUCCCAUCUGUGGGUCUGCGGUCCAGUCCAGGACGCUGAGGAGUCAACACUCCCCAGAGAACGCAGCACGAGAGCGGAGCCGCGUGCGCAACCUGCGACAGGCCUUCCACAGUCUGCAGGCGGCUCUGCCCUCAGUCCCACCUGACACCAAGUUAUCCAAGCUGGAUGUUCUGGUUCUGGCUACUAACUACAUAGCCUAUUUAACAGAGACCCUGGACCAGGGGGAGUUAGUGGCUGAACACACCCUGUCGUCCAGGUCAGGAGGAUACCUGCAUCCUGUGAAGAAGUGGCCCAUGCGUUCCCUGCUGUACUGCGGCAGCGUGGGAGAGCUGCUGGCAGGAGGUAUCUCAGCCAAUCAGACGCUCCCACCUGGACGGAUCGGGACACACCCUCUGACAGCCGCCGCAGGCGCAGACAAAGAGUGAUAAAUAGAACACGUGACAUAACUUUCACCCUGUUUCUUAUUUUGUAUGUUAACUGGCCAUGUAGCUUCUCUUGGUGGAGUUAGACACAUCAAAGCAAAGUGUUGCAAUGAGACAGUGAUGAGGAAUGAAAAUAAGCUACUUUCAAAACAAAUGCUCAGCUUGGUUCCCUGAAUAAAGUCUUUCAGUUUACGCUUUAUGUUGAUGUGAAGGACAGGAUUUAAAUUCACAAUUUACAUUCUACAAGGACGAUUUUUUAAAUCUCCAGCUAUUGGAAAAGACAACGAAUUGUAAAAACUAAUUUCCUUUGUAAUUAUUUAAUUUAACAAUAUAACUCAAAAACUAGUAAAUGCCCUGAUAAGUUCAAGGCUUAUUGUUUAUCUUGCAUGUACAAAAGUAAUGGUUUUCCUGCCAUAUGCGGACUAAAUAAAAGGGAAAACACACAAGUUAUCACACACACACACACAGAACAGACGAACCUUUGGUGAAUACAUCCCAUCACUAUCUGAGCAUUAGACAGCAGGUUGUCAGGAAAGGAUUUAAUACAAGGAAAUUAAAAGGCUGCUCCACUUGACUCAUUAUGCCACAAAUCACUACAUGGAAUGAACAGAGUGUAUCUGUUAUCUUGAUUUAGAGCUUGUUGAGUUUGUAUUUCAUUUUGACUGUAUAGAUGAGUUUAAUUAGCUGCUGUGCUUUAAGAAAAGACCUUUGUUGGGUUCUGUUUUGUUAUUUUGGUGAUUUUGUGUGUGUGCGUGUAUCCGUGUGUGUGUGUGUGUGUGUAGAGAGAGAGAGAGAGAGAGUGCGUGCGUGCGUGCGUGCGUGCAUGCGUGCGUGUGUGUGUGAGGGAGGGAUUGUUGUGGGAACACAGCAGCUGUGAACUACUACAUAUCUCUGCAGUAAUGAGCACUUAGUUCUCUUUACAACUACAACAACAGGAUGUAACCUUGGAGUAAAACAGUGUCUACAUUAA